CCCAGACUCCAAGCCCAGCACCAAGUCCAACAUGCUGCGAGGCCGCAUCCCUGCAACCGCCACCGACGAGCAGCCCCACAUCGGGAACUACCGCCUGCUGAAGACCAUCGGCAAGGGCAAUUUUGCCAAGGUCAAGUUGGCGCGCCACGUCUUGACGGGGAAAGAGGUGGCUGUGAAAAUCAUCGACAAGACGCAGUUGAAUUCCUCCAGCUUACAGAAGCUCUUCCGGGAAGUACGAAUAAUGAAGGUUCUGAAUCACCCGAAUAUAGAAGGUCAAUUUAAUAAACUUCAGUAUCUCUGCGAUAAGACGCUGUACCUCGUCAUGGAGUAUGCCAGCGGAGGCGAAGUGUUUGACUACUUAGUGGCUCAUGGAAGAAUGAAAGAGAAGGAAGCGCGGGCAAAAUUCCGACAGAUAGUUUCUGCUGUGCAGUACUGUCACCAAAAGUUCAUUGUACAUAGAGACUUGAAGGCAGAAAACCUGCUCUUAGAUGCCGACAUGAACAUCAAGAUUGCAGACUUUGGUUUCAGCAACGAGUUCACGUUCGGCAACAAGCUUGACACGUUCUGCGGGAGCCCCCCGUACGCCGCUCCCGAAUUGUUCCAGGGCAAGAAGUACGACGGGCCCGAAGUGGACGUCUGGAGCCUCGGGGUCAUCCUCUACACACUGGUCAGCGGCUCCCUGCCCUUUGAUGGGCAGAACCUCAAGGAGCUGCGAGAACGGGUUUUGAGGGGGAAGUAUCGCAUCCCCUUCUACAUGUCCACGGACUGCGAGAAUCUGCUGAAAAAAUUCCUUAUCCUGAACCCUAGCAAAAGAGGCACUUUAGAGCAAAUCAUGAAAGACCGCUGGAUGAAUGUGGGUCACGAGGACGACGAGUUGAAGCCUUACGUGGAACCUCUGCCAGACUACAAGGACCCUCGGCGGACAGAACUCAUGAUUUCGAUGGGCUACACCCGGGAAGAAAUCCAAGAGUCCUUAGUCAGCCAGAAGUAUAAUGAAGUGAUGGCGACGUACCUGCUGCUAGGUUACAAAAACUCAGAGCUCGACAACGAUAGCAUUACCCUGAAACCUCGUCCCCAGCCCGAGCUCGCCAACAGCACGGUUCCCUCCCCUUCAAACAAGGUGCAGCGCAGCGUCUCGGCCAACCCCAAGCAACGCCGCUUAAGUGACCAGGGUGAGCUACCCACCAUCCCAACCUCCACGUCUUACUCCAAGAAAACGCAGGCUGCCAACGCCGAGAACAAGAGGCCCGAGGAGGAGAGGGAGGCCGGGCGCAGCAAGACCGGGAGCACCGUCAAAGUGCCCGCCAGCCCCUUGCCCAGCCUGGAGAGGAAGAAAAGCACCCCUAUGCCCUCCACGAACAGCGUCCUCUCCACCAGCACAAACCGGAGCCGUAAUUCCCCCAUGCUGGACCGGGCCAGCUUGGGCCAGAACUCCAUACAGAACGGCAAAGAUAGCCUAACCACUCCGGGCUCCAGGGCCUCUACCGCCUCCGCUUCCGCCGCCGUGAGCUCCGCGCGCCCGCGCCAGCACCAGAAAUCCAUGUCAGCCUCGGUGCACCCCUCCAGGCCCACCCUGCCCCCCACCGAUAAUCACUGCGAGGCCCAGCGACCUAGCACGGCCCCCCAGCGGGCUCCCGUGGCCUCCCCCUCCGCCCACAACAUCAGCAGCGCCCUCCCCGAGCGCACGAACUUCCCCCGAGGCAUCCAGAGCCGCAGCACCUUCCACGCCGGGCAGCUCCGGCCGGUUCGGGACCAGCAAAACCUCUCCUACGGCCUCACGCCCGCCUCGCCUUCCGGCAACAGCCAAGGACGCAGGGGGGCUUCCGGGAGCCUCUUCAGCAAGUUCACCUCCAAGUUCGUACGCAGAAAUCUGUCUUUCAGGUUUGCCAGAAGGAACCUGCAUGAGCCCGAAAGCAAAGACCGUGUGGAGACGCUCAGGCCUCACAUGAUGGGUGGCAGCGGCAGCGGGGAGAAAGACCGGGACGAGAACCGGGAGGCCAAGCCGCGCUCGCUGCGCUUCACCUGGAGCAUGAAGACCACCAGCUCCAUGGAGCCCAACGAGAUGAUGAAGGAGAUCCGGAAGGUGCUGGAUGCGAACAGUUGCCAGUGCGAAUUGCAGGAGAAGUACAUGCUCCUGUGCAUGCACGGGGCGCCCGGCCACGAGGCCUUCGUGCAGUGGGAGAUGGAAGUUUGCAAACUGCCCCGCCUCUCGCUCAACGGCGUCCGCUUCAAGCGGAUAUCGGGCACUUCCAUGGCCUUCAAGAACAUUGCCUCCAAAAUCGCCAACGAACUCAAGCUUUAA